AGGAUGGGAUGCUCCACCAGCUCUCAAACUUCUGCGGUAGACACGACUCGACCCAACGCCAAACCGGAGGAGAGCAACGGAGCCAGCACCACAGGGGCGGGCGGUGAGAAUGGAAAAGUAGCUGAGGACACCGAGACCAUUCCAGACCAAACACCGGCUGAAGGCGGCGAUGCUAAACCUGAGAGCGAAGCCGCUGCAGCUGCUACAACUGCAGAGAGCUCUGCUCCGAGCCCCCCAGCGGCGGAGGAGUCGCCUCCUGCAGAGGAAGCUGCACCGGCACCGGCAGCAGCAGGCGAUGCAGCAGCAGCAGCAGGCGAUGCAGCAGCAGCAGCAGGAGAAGUGCCAGCAGAGGCUCCACCUGCAGACGGCUCCACUGAAGCAGCGCCGAGCUCCUCAGAGGCUGCACCUCCGGAGCAAGAGGCCACAGCGACUGACUCAGAGCCCAAACCAGAGGAGGCACCUGCGCCCAGCGAGUGAAGCGCGACGUACCUGACCACACGGAUGGGUUUGCUGGAAGAGGCGCUCCCCGUCCGUAUGCAUGAGUGGGAGCGCGAGUCGUGAGUGUUUGUGUGGACGAAAAACAUGCCUUGUUGCCAAGAUGCUGACCCUGAUGAUGACCUUUCACUCAGGGAUCCUCUGUCACCAUUGUGCCUUUUUCCCCUCCGCUUCUCGAUGAUGCACAAUAACAGUUUUUACUGUACAUAGACAGAUAUGUUCAUUGGAGAGAAGUUUAGAUAAAUCGUUAUAAUCAAUAUUUAUUAUCUGUAUAGAAAUGUUUGACUUGGAUUAGAACCUAUCCAGAUUUUUUUCUACAAACUAUAUUCUGACGAAAACCAUAGUUUAUUUUUACCAAUUUAAAUAAUUACGGUGGCCUUCUUUAAUUUGAUGUACUAUUGUUAUUAUGAAGGUCCUGGAGAAAUAGAUGCUGCCUUUGCUGAAUUAAAUCAGAAUAUUCCAACGUCUCAUGACGAUUGAAAGCCUGAAAU